GGUAGAGUGAGUAUGUUUACAUAUUGAUAACAACGUAGUAACACGAAAACAGUAUGAUUUGCCAUUUGUCUUUUUCAAACAUAAAGGUAUGUCAUAGUUAUAAAUUGUGCUAACAUGUUUAAGUUGAUACAGACAUACCAUGUGAGAUAUAUUCUGAUUACAGGCAAUUUUAAUGAAAAGUAGGCGAUUUCGGGAUCGAUAAGGGUGAUUUUUAUUUCAGUGAAAUCCAAAAAAGGUAUAAUGAUCAUACGAGCUAGUUGACUUUUUGCAUCCGGUGGUAAAAUUUGUUGACCGAUAAUAAAUUCUGAGAUAUUGUACAAGAAAUAUCGUAGAUCCUUGCUGUUUAUAUCUUUAUUCGAUAAAUUAUAACAGGCUUUUGUUCCUGUCGCUUCUUUUCAGAAGGGUUGUCGACUGCGUGUAAAAAUUGAGAAGUUGUCUUUCGAAAAAGUACUAGCAAGAGCUGCAAAUAACAUACAAAAUGGUUCAAGAUAAAGUCGCAAAGCGAUCCUUAGACAAAUCAACAGAAUCUGAUAAACGGAGUAAAGAAGGGAAAGAAGAUAAGAGUGUAUUAGCAAUAUUAAUAGUCGGAAUGUGUAAGACGCUACUAGUUAUAACUAUGGUACCAUUCUUUGCAAUAACAAUUGGCGUAUCUGCAUAUGUAGUACUAAAAGUAGUGAUGACGGUGUUGUCUGAUGGCUUAGAACACGUAAAAUGAUAAAGAAUAAUUACAGGAAAAUAAAUAUACCCGUAUUAUGUCAAAGUAAAAUGCAUUUCUUACCGUCCGUAUAAUCUAUAUCUACAUUCAAAUAUAUUCAUUCCAAUGCCAUCAUAUCAGGAAUACCAUUGAAGAUGCAACUGAGGAAUGUCGAAUGAUUUUCAGUAUCGUCAUCAGCUAGAAAUACAAUGGCUGGUUUGGCUAACUUUUCGCCAUUCGAGAUAAAUACGUCUCACCUGGCGUAUGCACUGUUAGGUGCUUAUAUAGCACUAUUCAUGAUGGUGUCUCUCUUCAUCAAGGAACGAUUAUACAUCGGUGAAGCCGUAACUUCCACCAUAUUUGGUAUCAUAAUAGGACCAUACGUAGGAGCAGUUAUAGACCCAAGGAAAUUUGGUGGUGAGAACGGCAACAACGCAGAAGAGGAAACCAUAAAUGAGCUCAUAUUAGAAGUCACUCGGGUCGUUUUAGCUUUGGGCGUUUUUGCUAUCGGCGUUGAACUACCCAGACGGUAUGUAAAGAGACAUUGGAAGAGUUUAUUUUUCCUUUUGUGUCCAAUUAUGGCAUUUGGAUGGGUGAUUUCUGCUGCAUUUAUUUAUGCGCUCAUCCCAGGCUUGGAUUACAUAGGCUCUCUAACUAUCGCUGCAACCCUCACGCCAACUGAUCCUAUCCUUGCUGCUGCGGUUAUUGGUGGAAAGUUCGCUGAACAACAUAUCCCAGCACAUAUUAAGCAUAUCAUCGCAUGUGAAAGUGGAUGCAAUGAUGGUGCAGCUUUUCCUUUCUUAUACAUCGGAAUAUACCUUCUCCUAUCGCCUAUGGACACGCCCUAUGCUGUCGAAGAAUGGUUUCUAAUCACAUGGCUUUACGAAGUAGCCUUGGGUAUCUUUUUAGGCGCACUGAUAGGUUAUGGUGCAAGAAAGUUAAUGAAAUUUUGUGAAUCGCGGAACCUCAUUGAUAGACAAUCGUUUGUCGCCCAAUACGUCUCACUUACACUUCUCUGUAUUGGUAUUGCUUUGAUAUUGGGCUCUGAUGAUCUUCUCGCGUCCUUCAGUUGUGGAACAGCUUUCGCAUGGGAUGGUUUCUUUAACAAAGCAACAGAAGAGUCAAACUUCUCUUCAAUUGUUGAUCUGCUCUUUAACAGCGUUUGUUUUAUCUUUAUCGGUGCACUCGUUCCUUUUGAUCAAUUUAAUGAUCCAACUCUAGGUGGUAUUACCAAUUGGAGACUAGUUAUAAUAGCCCUAUGCAUUCUCAUCGUUAAGCGAAUUCCACCAAUGUUGGCGCUUUAUAAGUGGAUGCCAGAUAUUAAAACAUUCAGGGAGGCACUCUUCGCUGGGUACUUUGGUCCAAUUGGAGUAGGAGCAGUUUUCAUCUCUGCACUUGCUACUAUUCAACUGCCACACCCAGAAGGACAACCAGCAAAUCAAGCAGAGUUGGUAGCAGUUACUAUUCAACCGAUAGUAUUUUUUUUAGUGCUUUGCUCAACUUUUGUUCAUGGUCUCAGUAUACCUUUCUUUAGUUUAAGUAGACGUGUGGGAACGACACUCAAUGCUCAAGCGGGAUCUCUAGAGUCCUUCAGCAAAGAGGACAGUCGUGAGACUAGCAAAGAUGAUCAAGGUGGUACAAGAAAUGUUCAGUCAUGGAUUGAGGGAAGCAAUCUAAUUACAGAAAGACCGAUCAACAAUAACUCAAAUGAAGAUGACAUUGAUGUGCAAGUACAUGAAGUGGACAUCGGCAAAAGAGGCAACACUAGUGACAUCAUAGAUAACAUGGAAAAUGAGUUUAAAGACGUCGGAGGUAGCGUAGGUAAAGAGUACGAGGCACUGAAAAGAGCAGAAUACGAAGUCAAGUUAAAGCAAGAUAUAGAGAAAGCUACACAAUCAAAGAAAAAGGUUGUUUUACACGUCCAUCAUAAGCCUGGAACCAGAGACUGGAUUAACAGUAAAUUUUUAGGACGUAGAAAUAGUGAAAGUACAGUAGAAGCUAGUAGAAGCAACAGUAGUAGCAGUAAUGAUAAAGGAAAGCAAACCAGUGAUUAGUGGUUUAUUGU